AGGCUGUCACUUGCGGGGCGGGUGCGCGCAUUUCUUUCCCGCGCAUGCGCGGAGCAGGGGAAAAGAAGGCAGGGCCUUGUCCUUUGCGCGUGCGUCUUCGUGAAGGCGGCGGAAGCGGCGCUAGUCAGAUUCGGCUGACCCUGACACAGAUCCUGUGUUGUUUAUUGUGUGUUUUCCCUUCUUUCGUUUUCUGUCCGGGUUUCAGGCUCGGCCAUGUCGUACGGCCCGUUAGAGACGUACCGGCCCGGGGGGCUUCCGCCCCGGGACUUCAGCGCCAUUAUCCAGACCUGCAGCACCAAUGUACAGCGCCUGGCACAAUGCAGUGAGUGAAAACCGCUUCCUCCCCUUCCCCACACGACCCGCUGUGUCUUAAGUCUUGUCCCCUCAGGCCUCCUGAAUUCUGUCCCCCGACCGCCUAAACAAUCUCUGUUACCGCCCCCCUGUCAUGUGUUCCACCUCCCAACGCCGCCUUAUCCUCCUCAGAUUCGUCUUUUUUUUUCUUUUAAGAUCCCGCCUUUCCGUUUACAAUACGUUCAAGGCGGCUCACAGCUCCCUAAGGCAAUUUCUCGACCUUCUGUACACUUGAUUCCUUUAGCUGCAGUGGCAGGCAGUUCCAAGGGCCCCUAUUUAGCGAACUUUAAUCCGCAGGGACUGCCCGCUCUCUACCCCGAUGGUCUAUUAAAGACAAUAUUUAAAACCGAUAGAAAGCCAUUAUAAUCCCUCGCCCCCAUGGCUCUCUCUUUUUUUUUUAAGGCCCGCUUUUUCCCCAAUAGGUCCGUCCCCCCCCCUUUAUCUACACCCCACAUCCUGCCUUUCCUCCGUGUUUCUGUCAUAAGGAUUAUUUUAUUUAUUUGGUUUGGUCUGCAUCAUAAAGUAUUGCUUUCAAAAAAUACAGUAAAAUAGACCAACAUAAACAAGAGGAAGCAAGAUCUGUAUUUAUAACAAAAGAAGAAGUUAAAGCCACAGGCAGUCUCAUUAUUCAUAUUCAGUAUGAGUGGGAGAAUUAUUGCAAAGGGAUGAGUCAAUCUCUGCUCAUUGCUACCUUGCCCAUGCUUCACCUAAUAGCUUCCUAACAAUUAUAAAUAUCACUGAGGCCACUUCACGUGUUCUUUGUUGACUAAAAGGCAAUCACUUUAUUGUAGUCAAGAGGUGUGACCUGCAUAUAGAAUAUAAUGGCCCUGUGGUUAUGUAUUUCAUUGUGUGUCUUAAUUCUGCCAAACCAUUGACAUCUCUUCUGGUUUCCCUAUGUGUACAUGUAGCAAAAUACACUUGCAUGUGAUCACUGCAUAACAGUCUCUAUAUAUUGUUUCCAGCUACACAAAAGUGCUUUUGAGGAAGGCAAGAACAGUCUCUGAAAUUGUCUUGAGUCUAGUUAGUAAGGGCCCAUCCAACCUCAUCUUAAUAUGGAAUAUGUACCCUUUAAUUCCCCCUCAUCAAUACAAUCAUCACCAGAGAGAGCUGCUGUCCCAAACUUUCUCCUUCCUAAAUCUGGACAGUUUCCCGGUCCUUCAAAAAUCCAAAAAGGACAUAUGCUUCCUUUUAAAAGUGCCCCUGUCAGCUUGGGGCAUCUUUGGUUCUCUUUUUUUUUUAAUGUGAAGCAACUUCUUCAGAGGUGGGGUUCCUUGAAACAGCAUAUAGUGGAAAACAGGGAGAAUUGAUGCCAAAACUCUGGGUUAAAAUCAUAUCAGAAUAUAAACUGCUCAAGUAUAGAUUGCAAGAGGACAAAGCCCUUAUGUAAAACAAGGAUUUUAUGAGCAAAUCGGGAUGGGCCUUAAGAGACCUAUUUGCCAUGUCGUUUCUUUGACUUUUAUUUAUGCCUAGAGCUCACCCAGUCUUAAGUCUGACAACAGUGCCUAGAAAAUAUACAUAGUUACCUGUCUGAUCCCUUUCUCCUGCUCCCAUUUGCAAAUGCUACAGAAGGAAGAAAGGACAGACUUCUUGAGCUUUGAAAGACUUUCCAAUUUUUAUGUAUAAAUUAAUAUCUGAAGUGGAAAUGUACAGAGGAACACAGCUACAGUCAUACCUCGGGUUACAGCCACUUCAGGUUGCGUUUUUUCGGGUUGCGGACUGCCGAAACCUGGAAGUACCGGAACGGAUUACUUCUGGGUUUCGGCAGUCGCGCAUGCACAGAAGCGCUAAAUCAUGCUUUGCGCAUGCGGAGAAGCCCUGAAUCGCAACCCGUGCGUGCACAGACGCAGGUUGUGAACGCUGCAGGUUGCGAAUGAAUCUCGCACGGAUCACAUUCGCAACCCGAGUGUCCACUGUACUACUUUUGUGGCUGGGAAAAAAUAAUCUUGCAGCUCCUACUCUACUGCACUGCAGCCUUUCCACUAGUCCUAAUCUCAGAUGCUGUGGAGCUAAAUAAGGGCUGGGGGGAGUAGACAAUUUGCAUAAGCAGUUAGUUUCAAUUAGCUACCUUUAGUAACAUUUGUGUCUCCUUUGAUAUUGGUAGGUAUAUAUAUAAAACAACCUCCAGAGGUUACAUUUUGCCUCUGUAGUUCAUGACUGGGAGCAUGAGAAGUAUGCUAGAAAAAAGACAAUUGCCCUUUCCCCAGAUGCAUCCCAUGUCUUAUUUUUUAAUAUUGUAAACCACUCUGAUUUUUAAAAUAUAAAUAAUGGUGUAUAAAUAUUUUAGUAAAUAAAUUAUUUGUUACAUAUGUUUCUCACCUUUCUAUCAAAAAAUGCCUAAAGCAGCUAUUACCAAGGCACACAAAAACCAAGCAAUAUAUCACAAUAAAACAAUAUAAGAUCAGGUUAAGGUAUUCAGCGUGAGGCAGAAAAAGGUCCUCCUUUCCUUCCACUCUGCAUUUUUAAUCUGAAAUCUUAGGCGCAGUAUUGCACCCAGAGCUAAGAAACUACUCGCGCUACUGAAAUUCCCUGGUGCAAAAUGUGCCUAGAACAAUGGGAGUUUGAACACUGGGUGGCUCCAUUUGGGGUCAAACAGCAAGGGGGACAAAACUGAACCCUGUAGGAAACCACAGGUCAACUUCAACGGCAUUGAGCAACAAUUGCCUGAUGCUGUUCCCAGGAAACAGUCCUAGUACUAGGAGCAGACCCACCGUAACAUGGUGUCGUCUACUUCCCACUCACCGAAUCACUCAAGGAGUUUACUGUAGUUGAUGGUAUCAAAAGCUGCUGAGAGUAAGAGAACCAGCGGGGUUGUCGUCCUCCUGCCCUUCUGCCACCUAGGUGUCUAGUGCACUUUAGGUGUUAUACCUGGACUUGAAGCUGGACUGAAAUUGGCCUAGAUAAUCCACAUUUUCUGAGCAGACUUGUAGCUGAACUGUAGCCACACUCUGAAGCUAAUUGAUUAGGAAGCUGUGGCCCAGUUUGCACAUAAUGCUAAACUGUGGUUUGAUGAACCUCUGUGAGCACAAAGUGUUUGGCUUGCAUGCUUCCCAUCCCAUGUAGCCACAAGAUGGGGAGCAGCAGCAUGCGAGUAUGACACUUUCUUGGGUUCAUAGAGAUUUGUCCACCUAACACUAAACCAGGAUUUAGUGUUAUGCUGAAACAGUCAAAUGUGCAUGCUCUGCCAGACUAAUAUUCAAGAGAACUGUUCUGUGAUUCUGCACAAGUAAUUCACAAUUGCAAGAUUUUUUAUAUUUUCGGGCUUUAUUUAAGCAUUGUUACAGACUAGCUUGAUUUCAUCAUGUUCGCAACCUAGCACAAGCAAGCCGUGAGUGUUAGGACUAUAUAUACUGUAUUUGCUUAUAACUCUCAGAAGGUGUUUAUUAUGUCUGAUUUAAUUAUCUGUUCUGUGGUUUACUGACAUAAGGCCAAAAUAAGCAUCAACCUGGGACUGAACAGUUUUGAAAUGUGAAUGCAGAAUAGUUCUCUUCCUGUCUCUGUCUUUGAACCUGUCUCUACCUCAUCUCAAUUCAUCUUUCAAAAAGUUGCUAAUUUGUACAAGAAAAAAGGAAGGAAGUCACUGAAAUAUAUAUUAAUAUUAAGUUCCAAAGAAAGACUUCCUGCCCAUUCCUAUGGAAAUUUACAAGAAGUCAGUCCCAUUGAAUUCAGUGGGGUAUGAUUUAUUAAUCUGAUGCUCUCUAGUUAUUUGGGUCUACAACCCCGAUUGGCCAUGUUGGCUGAACAUGGUUGUUGGCUGUGCUGGUUGGGGCUGAUAUGAGUUGUACCCCAAGGUAUCUAGAGAGCACUAGGUCAGUGAAGGCUACAAUAGGGCUCCCAAGUCUGUUGUCUUCUCCCCAACCUUCCUCCCUUUUUAUUUUAGAUUUAACCUUUGCAUUGUCACUUACUUGUUUUAUUGCUGCUUUGUACUUUGUCACUUAUUGCCGACAGAUGUCGUGAUUUCAGAAGCAGUUUUUUAAUCGAUUGAAGUUUUCUUCCAGUACUCUCUACAGUCAUAACAAUAUUUUUUUAAUUAAUUCAUUGAAAGACAACUUUGUGUUGCCCCAAAGAAUGUCUCCUUCUGAAAAUAGUGAAAUCCCCUUUAAAUUCCUUUUGAAGCUUUAGGCUAAACACACCACUGAAAUGGAUGCAACCUAUCCUCAAGUAAUUAUAGUUAGGAUCAGGCUAUGAUUUGAGCAAUGUUUUUUUCCCCUGGCAAUACGUCCUUAGAGGAGAACUUUUAUGCACAAUGAUAACGCACAAUCAACUUUGCUUCCACAGCUUCUCAGAUAAAGAACUUGAUGAGUCAGCUGGGAACUAAGCAGGACUCCAGCAAACUGCAGGAAAACCUGUACGUAUGACCUGAGCAGUUCUUAAAGUGCACAUUACAAUGGCAAACCCAAAUACUUGGAUAAAUUUUGAAUAUCCUGCAUGGGCAGUAGAAUGUGGUUGGUUGAAGAGAUGAUGCCACUUCAGUCUGCAAGGGGAGGCAUAGCAUUUUUUAAUACUCUCCUGUUUGUGUAUCCCACAAAAUAAAAUAGCUAUAGUAUUUUAAGGAGAGGGGUUUUAGCCCAGACUGCUGCCUGUUGUGCUAGUACACUACUUUGGGUAAGUUCAUAUAGGGCAGGGAUGGGGAAUCUACAGGUUCUGUUGGACUUUUAGUCCCAUCAGCUUCUGCCAGCAUGGCUAAUGUAGCAGAACAUUCAUGAAUGUGAUUCUCCACCUGCAGUCUAAAAAACUGCCCAUUCUACAUCAAGACUUCCCCAUCUCAUGCGGCUACAUCUGUAGGCCAUUGGACACAGUAACAAACUGCUGGACAACUUGUUAAUUCCAAAGAGACUAGAAAUGCUUAUACGGAAGGAAUGUCUAUUCACUUCUGGGGGAAAUGAAAUUUAGUAUUGGGAGGCACCCAACAAGAAUCAUGUGGCUGUCCUAAAUUGCUGCAUAACCGAGUGAAUGAAAAAUUAGAUUUGUGGGUAGCAUAGUUCCUGUUUAUGUGCUCAAGCUUCCAUUUUGAAGAGUCUAGAAAUCAAAGCUGAAAAAUGCAUUCUUUUUUCAUAGACAGCAGUUGCAGAACACAGCAAACCGGCUUGCCAAAGAGACCAAUGAAUACCUGAAGGAGCUGGGCUCCCUGCCACUCCCCUUAUCUGCAUCGGAACAGGUAUCUGAGUCUUCUGUGCUGCGAUAGGUUGGAAGGAAAGCUUAUUUCUUGAAAAUGGUGAUAUUAGUGAUGUUUUUAAUAGAAUACCAACAUCAUUGUUUUGAUGGGAUGUGUAGGAUACUGUGAAAAGGUGAGUGAGGUCCAUUUAGAGCAGGGAUGGUUAACCUGUGGACCACAGCCACCAGCAUAGGCAACAGUCAGGAAUGAUGGAGAUUGUAAUGCACCAACAUGGGGAGCCCACAGGUUUCCCAUCCCUAAUUUAAAGGCUGAACUCUUUAUAUCUGCAAUUUACUGGCACAUGGUGGUUUUUUCAUUGGAAUGUAAUUAGUAUUCUGGGGAAGAGGGUUAAUCCCUCAUUUCCAUCUGCUGUAGUCAGUGAGGAAACAACAGAUGGUUGAAGGCAAGGGAAUCAGUAUCUGCUAGUGCAUGAAAUGGAUGUAAACACUCAGUUUUAGGACUCUAAAUGCUAGUCUAAAGCUGAAUGUUAUCUAGGCCAGUUCUUUUCCCUUCCCAGGCUGCUAAUGUUCAUAUAUCGAGCCAUAAAUGCAGACUGGUAUUUGCCUACAGCAGAUAUGAGAUGCUGUGGGUGUCUAAUAACAAGCAAGAUCUGCUGCUUUCCUCAACACCUGAGAAGCAGAUGAGGUGACUAGCUUUGGGCAAGACACAGUGCAGAGAAGUGUUUGAAAUGAUAAUAGGAAGAUUCAGCACAUGGGCUAAUACUAAUACUAAAGUUAAGAGGCCAGCUUUUAAGACUGCCUGUGUAUUGCCUGUGUACCUCUGCUUGUGUGUAACAAGGCUUUAUCCACUUCUGUAUUAUUUUGCUUUGCAAACCACGGAGGAAGGGAGAAAGAGGUUAAAUGGGGGGGAAAUCACUUCUCCUUAACUAUGACCUAUUGAUAAACUUCCCCAUGUCAUAUCAAAUGGUAGCACAGCUGAAAGUGAGGGGCUUUUAUUUCAGUGUGUAAUGCCAAUAAACAAUAAGAGAGAUUAUUGCCCAAGUAGCACUGCGAUGAUAGUCAGCUGAAACUCCUCUUUCACUUCCCUGCCCCAUUCCUGCCUACAGCUUCUGUAGAACAUUCUUAAGCAGUUUGCCUUUUUGCUCACUGCUGCACCAGCAAACAAAAGACAAGUUGUCUAUGGAGCUGCAAAAAAAGUUAACUAAAUAUGUAUCCCACUAACUUCAAAAGAAGAUGGAAUGGAGGCUGGGCAAAGGAAUCCAAGCCCUUGAUGUGCUGUGCUGGAGGGGGUUUGGAUGGAGCAGAGGUCUCCUUCCGCCCAGCCCUGCUGGGCUUCACCAGCUUUGUCUAGGGGAGAAGCUCCAACAUCAGCAAGGGAGUUCUACUGGUGAGGAGCACCUCAGUGCACCCAUCUGCCCAAAUGUUAGACCAGAGCUAUUGAACUGGUAUGAGCAAUCGGGCUGAUCAAGCAUAGCCAGAGGUUAGGAUUGCAGCCUUAGUCCACUUUGCUCAGUUGCAUUUAUGUUGUCAGAUGCCUAUAAACUACAGUAUAGACCCAGAAACAUGUACUGGAAAUGCUGUGGUUUGUGUGUCUCCUCCCUCACAGUUUGUGAAGCUGUACUUUGAUCUGUGGAACAAGGUGUUAUUUCCACCUUGGAAAUAACCCUUGGAAAUCCUGUUGGAUUACUGUUACAAACAGAAUCCAUAAAAGGUAGAAAUAAGGCAUAUACAUUCUCCUUGUUAUUGGAUGCUCCUUUUUGCUGUUCUACACAAUAAGCCAUGGACAUAAUUUGUGUUUUCUAGCGCCAGCAGAAACUUCAGAAGGAACGUUUAAUGAAUGACUUUUCCGCAGCCUUAAAUAACUUUCAAGCAGUGCAAAGAAGAGUGUCUGAAAAAGAAAAGGAGACUGUUGCCCGGGCAAGAGCUGGUUCUCGUCUUUCUGUAAGUUUGUCAGCCAAGCCUCUCCUAAAGAAAAAGGCUGUUACAGGCUCCGUUCAAAGGUUUCUUUUUAAGCAUUUAAAUGUUUUGCAUUGUAUCCUGUAAACAUGACAGUUCUUGACCCUGGUUUUAGCUAGGGUUCAUAACAGAUCCUAUACUCUGCCUAUUCUGUGAGGUUGAGAUUACUCUUUCAGCAAACACAGUACCAAAAUAUAGUUGAAGUGUGUUCAGAAUACACCAUGAUUCCCACUUGGAGGCAAUACAUAUAACAACAACAACAACACCCCCUGCCACAAACAAAUUUUAAAGGUCAGAGAUUGUUUAAUCAGCCAAGGGCAUCAUACCUUGGUAGGUCAUCCUACCAAGAACAGACUUCUGAUGCGUUGUAUUGAUCUGGGAAGCCUACCAGGGUAAGUGCUUUGCUGAGAGACAGUUACUUCCUGGGACUAUGAGUCAAAGCCACCCCUUGGACCACAGUAAUUAGGCAAAUUCUCCUAUCUGUAUUUUUUUAAUGUUGAAUAAGGUUCCUGCUCCCACUAAAACUCUUCCAAAACACUGCAUUAAAAUGGUUUCUCCCCUGCAUUGGGGAGUUUCUCCCUCCUUCAGCAUUGAGGUCAGCAUUGGCCAAGUUGGGUGAGUAGAUAGGAGUCUGACUAAUUCCCAUAUUUAAGGACAGGAAGCAAUACUCCUAGUCAUGUGAGUAGUGACCCUGGAUUGCAUAUGUUUCCCUUGCACACACUUGUGGCACACACGGGAUUAAGAGGAUUAAUUAUAGUGAGUGAUCAUGCUGUGCAACAGAGGGCUUGACUGAUGAGAUCACUAUCCCUUCCUAUUUAGUUUUGCUUUGUUCAAGUUAUUGGUGUUUUUUAGAAACAAAAAACACCCAACUUCCUGUACUGGUUAUUAGCCACCUUGAAAGCUUAGUUUGAAAGGCAACCUUAAAAUCUUUUAGUCAAAAAUAAGUUAUCUUCUCUUGACUAUCACAAAGCCUUUUAAUCUAUCGUUCUUUGUCUUGCCCAUUGAAAUCAGCAGGACAUGAAGACAAUACUGAUAGUGAUCAGGCAUUAUAAUGCUUCAGUGUUUCAUCACAUCCUCCAGCCUACUUAGUACAAACCUUACCUUGUUGACUGAUGAGAACUAAAUUGUUUUUUCCAGGGAGAUGACAGGUCCAGGGAAGAACAGCUGGUCUCAUUUGACAGGUAAUGUUUCCUUCUUUAAAGUUAUAAAUAAUUUUCAUCUCUUCAAAUGCAAUCAUAUCUCUUAAUCAUAUCUCUUGACUUGGGGAAAAAUGGGUGGGGAACAGGGCGUGGGGGACAGGCAUUGGUGAAUUAACAAUGUGUUCCAAUAGUACAUAAGCUUCUUACUCUUGAAUCAGAACAAAAAUGGCCCAUUUCAGAUGUCAGGCUGAUGUGCUCCCUUGAUAUGCUCUCUGAUUCCCUCACUUACUUCCCAGUUUGCAUCAAUGACGGCCAAGACUUGAACCAUGGUCUUUAUCCAGACUUUGGAAAUUGAGUUUGAACCAUGGCUUCAAUUCUGGCUUAGAAGCAAACUGGUUUGUGGGCACUUGUUUGCGGCAUCUGGUUUCAGCAAGUAAUUGUUAACGCAAACCAGGAAGAGAGAGAGGUAAUUUGGGAGGGUUAGGAGGGAGCGUGCCAGUCUUGGACACAGCUCUGAUUGUCAAACUUUGGCUGAGCUGUAACAUCUCAGUCAGACCUGUUGCACUUAAGUAUAAAUACAGAUCCUGAUUUUUACCAACAUAAUUUUUACAUUUGACUGUAGGGGGCAGAGUUGCAAGAAAACUCUGACUCUCUAUGUCUUAGGACAUUUCAGAUUAUUUUCUUGGUACUUUCAGUCCCAAUAAACUAUUAGCAUGCAUAUGGUCGCCAGUUUAUGUGUUUUAAUUCACUUUAGGAUGAUGUCUGCAAGCUUUUGAAACCUAGGUGGCAAAAAUACAUCAAUACCAAUAAAAACAGCUUCAGAUUUUUCUGGAGUAGUAGACUUAUGAUCUGAGCAUAGGAAUUUUCAUUGGAGAAACAGGAUAAAACAGACAAAUAUUUUUGCAAUAAAUUGUGAAAUAGGUAAGUGAUUAUUUGGAGAGCACUCUCCCUCCUUUAAUACAAAUCAGGCAUUUAGGUGAAAAUCCAAGUGAGUAUUCAGCAAUAGUUGGAAUAGCAGACUGUAAUGUAGCAUUCUCCCUGCAGCAAUGAAGAGUGGAAUCAGAUGCAGUCUCAAGAGGAAGACGUAGCAAUAACAGAACAAGAUCUUGAACUAAUUAAGGAGAGAGAAACUGCCAUUAGGCAAUUGGAGGUGAGUGGAUUAGGACUUGAACCAGAUGCAAAGUUUUAAAAAUUGCUUUGUUGUAUUUAAAUAGGUCUAAGCGAGAAGACUUUGAGGUUCUUCUGAACCACACUGGUCCCAUCUGUAUUGCCUUUAAUUGCAUACUGGAAUACACUGUAACUCAGCAAUGGGGAACCUCUGACCCACAGGAAUCUUGACCUGCCAGGGGGUAAAAUUUGGCUCAUGAGGCCAUUUUUUUGGGAAGCCAUGCCCACAUGCCAUUCAUCGGAUAUGUGGGGUGGUGGUGUUUCAUUCUGCAUUAACUGUAUGCUCCAGUAUCCCGUUGGGAAUGGAUGAAUACAACCAAAACAGAAGAGUGCUGCUUUUUGAACCUCUGAAAGCUACAGGUUUAAAGAGCAAUUGGGUGCAGUAGGGUUUGAAAGCCCUUUUGCAAGCAGUCCCACACUGCUUUUCAAACAACCCUGUACUGCACUUUGAAGUCCUGACAGAUGGGGCAAAGUAUCUGUAAAGUACAGUAUCGGUUCAGCUGAGCUACCCCCUGGGAAGCUGUCAAGUCUCAACCUUUUUUUCACCAGUAUACAGCAUUGCCUUGUUGAAAUACUUAUCACAAAUUUAUCACACAGCCCUAACAUAUACACAGUCAAAGAUUGGGGUAAGUGUUCAGAAAACAUAGGCUGUGACUCUCUUGAAGUUGCUGAAAGGGAGGAGUGAAGGAUGUGGCUAUCCCAGGCCGGAGACAAAUGUAGGAGCUACUAGGAAAAGGAAAGAGAUCUGCUUGAAGGAGGUAUAAGCAGGUCAGAUGGGCAAGAAACAGCACUUUGGAAUAUAGGAACCAGACAGAUGGAGCCGAUGCUGUUUCUUUGGUGUUGAACGGGGGAUAAGUUAUAGAAACUCAUCCAAGUUUUGAAGACAGAGACCUCUUCAUAAAUUCUGGAAAAUGUGGUUGUAAAUGUUUCAUCUCAAAGGGAUGUGAGGACUUGGAUCCAAAAAUAAAAAUGUAAUUUUAAUUUUUGGCAUUUUUAUACCACCCUAUUAACUAUGUCAUCUCAAAGGUUUGUAAAUAAUACUAAGACAGUUUCCCAGGGGUCACUUUUCAGGGGAUCAAACUACUAUAGCAGAAAAGUGGGCAGGAAAGCCUCAUCAUGUGGGUGUUGUUAUUUAGAUCUAAACCAUAGUAGAGUGGAUGUCCAUUUGUGUUACUUUUUCAAAUGGGUUCUGUAAGCAUGCAGUUUGGAGAGAAUAACUCUUCAUCACCUUUUUCCUUUCAGGCAGAUAUCCUGGAUGUGAACCAGAUAUUUAAAGAUUUGGCUAUGAUGAUCCAUGAUCAGGGAGACAUGAUUGGUAAGAUGAUACCUGUGUUUGCUAUGACAGUUUCCCUCCAAAUUGCUAAUUGUGCAACUUUUUAUGGAUGCUUAUGGUUAUAUGUUCAGCCUAUGGUGUGUUACUAGCUGCGAAUUCAUAUUGGAGAUCUUUGAAACAAAUUGAGUGUUCUUUGUGCCAGGCAGUGUGCUCCAAAUAUAUCAUUUGACUUGAACUAUUGUAUAUAAGCUGUCGCUGAGAGAACCAGUAGCAGAAACUGAUUUGGCUUCUUUUGAGUUGAUUUGAUAAUGCUGCAAGUGUAAGAAAAUGUGUGGACACAUUAGAUACUGGCACAGGAGCAUUCUUAUUUUAAACUUUUCUUUUUUAAAAAAUUGGGCAAAAUAGAGGCAUUUUUUACCACUUCAGAAGAUGGGGGCUAAAGUACUUGUUCACGCUAUACCUUUUGAAAAUGAGCCAGUAGUAGUUUGUCAGUGGUUUAUGAGACACAGUAUAUCAGGGCUCACAGCACCUGUGAUUUUUAUGAUAAAACAAUUUUAUAUACCGACUAAGCAGGCAUUAUUUCAAAAAGUGAAAACCUGGACACAAAAGUUGUUGGGGUUACCAUACAUCCAGAUUUUCCUGACAUUUUCCCAAUUUCCACCCGGACACUGCUUCCGACUGCUGUAUGUCCAGGAAAUUCUGGACGUAUGGCAACCCUCAUUAUAGCAAUGUUGAAUAGUAGGGGUGGGAAAGCUGUGUCCCUUGGUCUUAUUUCAUGUGGGUGGAAGGAGAAUAGAAAGGCGAGGAAGAUCAAAAUGGUGCAAAAAAAAUGAAAACAGAUGGAGCAAAUGGAAGGGUCGGGUGAGGAGUUCUCUGCCAGCAUUGCCUGACCUCUGGCAAAGGUGAGCAGUCCCUGCCCUGCCAGCCCACCAGGCAAGCAGGAAGGGUGAUGGGAAGAGAAGCAAGUGACCCCAUCCAAGUUAGUUAGUUAGUUAGUUAGUUGUAUUUCAUAAAAUUCAGAGUUUAACUCUGGCCCCACCCACCACCACUCCAUAGGUUACUCCUGCGGGAAUGGAGCCCUCGACAGAACAAGAUUCCCAAUCACCGGUAUACAGGCUGUUGUUGUUGUUGUUAUAUAUACAGACUGUUGUAAGAGAAUUGUACAUCUGUGUGCGCUCUUCUUCCCUAUAGAUAGUAUAGAAGCAAAUGUAGAAAAUGCAGAAGUCCACGUGGAAAGUGCCAAUGACCAGUUACAAAGAGCCGCUUAUUAUCAGGUAACAAUGUCUGCACAACCACUUUAAAAGGGAGGUGGGAGCGGAAUCAGUCUUGCUAAGUUUCUUCAGAAAAGAGAAAGCAAAGCCUCUUGAAACCGACGGAUUGGAUUCCAGCUACGUUCUGUUCAGAGAAGACCCUUUGAAAUUAAUGGAUCUAAGUUAGUCUUGCCCAUUAAUUUCAGUGAGCUGGCUCUAAUAUUGGAUACCACCCAUGGUUCUUCUAGAACAAAAGGAAACUGGUAUCUACAUACUUCUCUUUUUCAGUUCCUUGUGACACCUUGAAAUUCAAACUGAUGGAAAAAUGCAUAGCUUUUAAUGUAGAGAUUCUUCCCAGUGAAUUUGCCCUUUGCACAAUCUAGAGGCAGUAAGCACAACUGAAGUCUAUAUAUGAGGACCUGUAACAGAGUGGUGGAAAGCUAGAAUUGCCUAUUGUUGAACCCGGGACCUUAUGUACACCAACAUCCUACCCACUUGACUGUGUCCUUUCUUCUCUUGAAUUUCUAACACAUUCUAUUUCUAUCUCCCGGACUGUGUGGCACCAUCUUAAAAUAUUAAUGUUAAAGCUACAUGAAAAGUGCAAAUGAUACAUGGCCAAUGACAUAUUUAUUACAGGUAUUUAUGUAUUGCCCUUUAAUAAAAUUUUGCGUGUGGUUUACAAUAAUAUUCAGUAAUUAAAAUGGCAGAAAUAACUAUAAAAACAACUAAACUGUAAAUCUCAAGUAGAAUAGAACAAGGGGGGAAGCCCGCCAUGAGACACUGAGUUUAAAAGGCUUAAGAAAAUGAUAUCUUUGCUUGGCACUGGAAUUAUGAAAGAGUGAUGUCUAGCAAGCAUUUCGUAACUGAAGCACCAACACUGAAAAGGCUCUGGUAGCCACUUCAGAAAUUUCCCUAUGUUAAAAAUACAGAAGCAAAAUAAGCCAAUAUCCCCACACCUAUCAAUAAAGCAUUUUUUUAUCUGACAGUCGUGAUUAUUACAUUGCUAGCAAUUCAUAAAUGUGCACAGAGCAACCUAUGCAUGAACAGGCAUUUUCAUCGUUUUUCUGAACAGCAUUUAUUAUAUGCCCAAACCUGCUGGUGUUUUUUAAACCGGGGAAUUGGAAAGGAGCUUUCAAUGCAGUAUGGAGCCUUAAUGAAAAGGAGAAGUGGGAAAGCCCCACUUGGUGCACAAAUCUACCUGGUUGCUUCUCUCAGUCAACACCACUAGCAAUAAAUUUGUACCUUCUAUUGCUUCCUUUUAAAUACAUGUUAAAUAUUCAGCCUUGAUUGUUUAAGUACUCUUUUGACAAUUUCUGUUGUUGUCCUCUUCUUGUUGAUAUCUUGUUCCUUUUCUCUUUGGUUAAGUAUUGCGUCCAAACACAUCCCACCUUCCUAUUGUAAUGAGCUGAAUGUUGUUUUCUUACCAUCUUCCCAGUGUAAAUGGGUUUUUCCCUAUUUGUUUUCUUUUAACAGAAGAAAUCUCGUAAGAAGAUCUGUAUCCUGAUUCUUGGUCUGUCUGUGGCUGUUCUAAUCCUGGGACUCAUUAUCUGGCAGGCAUCAAAAUGAAGCCCUUAUGUGGAACUGAAUGAAUUGCAGAGUUGUUGUUUUCCUCCCCAAAGGGAAAACAAGUAGACAAACCCUGUGGAAUGAAUUGAUUGAGAGGAGAUGAAACACAAACUGGUUUUCCUCUAGUAAUUAUAAUAUAUAGAAACUAACAUGAAGAUAACUAGUUAUUGGAUUUAGUGAACCAUGAAGACAGUAUUUAUCAGUUAAUGUAAAAUUAUUUUAUGUAAUCAAACUUGUGGGGUUUUUUUGUUUACUAUACUAUUGCUGUCCUGAAUAUAAAGUGUUGGAGAGUGUGAUCGGUAACCUGUUAAUUGACAACAUACACUACAAAUUUAACUUUUUAAAAAUACAUACUGCUUUUAUAAGCGACUUGCAUAGGAAUAACUUCUGAGAACGCCAGAAUCUCACCAACUAAGCAACUCUCCAAUGAAUUUGUUGCUGUGAUCCAGAGAUUUGCUUUAAGAGUGUGCGGUGAGCUGCAACUCUUUUUCAGUUCCUCUGCUGCCUUGUAUACCACUUCUGAAACUUCCAGAAGUUGCUCUUCAUUGCAGCAUGGUAGUCUUGUGAUUAAAAGUCCAAGCUACACAGUAGCCUUUGUUUUAAACUUCUCAAGAGAACUUUAAACAUCUCCCGUCUUUUUUAAUGGUAUACCAUGAAAAAUGUUUUGGUCACUUGCAUUUGGAACUGAGAAUGUACUCUGUGAUUACUUUUCUGAGCUAGAGAUAUUUGUACCUAGUAUUCAGUAAGAGGUUUUCUCCUUGAUCCAUUUUUGUGGUGACAGUGAAUCAUUUAGCAGUGUGUCCAAAUGUAUUGUUGCCUAAUGAAGCUGUAUUUGAUGGUGGGCUGCUUUACGCUUGUCUUCCCAACUUGUACCUCUAAGCCCAUAUAUUAUACAUUUGCAGCACGUAAAAAAUACAGCACAGAGCCUGUAAUGGGUAAAAAAUGGAGGUGGCAUAGAAAAAUAGUUAUACAUUUUGUGAGCAACUAUGGCAAAUCUGUCUUUCCAAGAGAAGAUUUUCACCUUUGCAGGCUAGGAACGUUACUUAUCUCCUUUGGCUGAGAGAUCUGACCUAGACCUUUUCUCUGCUCUGAAUUGCUGGGUAGAGCUCUUAGGUCUAUUCCACUCCUGCAGGAUAACUGAUGUAAAAAAAAGGCUGAAAAGUUGACUUGUUUAUAGACUUGUAGCAAUUUCUUGGGUAGAAUUGUAAAUCUUUUUACUGACACACUAACUAUUUAUUCUUUUUCACAUUUUACUUAUUGAAAUUACUAAACUGUGAAAGUUGGCGCUGGAGAAGAUUGAUGCCCUCAGUUGCACAUCUUUCUUUGCACUAUUGCUCCAUCAUUCCAUCCAUUUAACUGUCAAUAAACAUUUUUUUAAAGUGUUUUGACAUUGUGUAUUUUCUUCAGCUCAGACCUAAAUGCAAGGAUCAAAUCACUUUCAAUGCCUGGAGAAAACAACAGUCUUUGGGUAAAGUCUUUGACAUUCCGAUAAUUUAUUAUGCUGCUAGUUUUUGCUAUACUGGACUCGUUUGGAAGGAAGCA